AAACGGUGCGGCGAAGGUGAAGGCGCCAGUCGCUUGCACGAGAGAGCGGCGAGCGCACGAGCAACGCUUGCGCGACGACCCAACACGACGCCGACGACGCGCGACCACCGCCGACACGACACGACGCGACGCGCGCGCAAUCCGCACGCGGACCAUUCUAAAUUAAAAAACAAAAAAGUGCUAAAAAAACCUUUUUCGUGAUUGUGUUUCAGUUUUUGUUUUCUGUCGUUCUUUUCGAAGACUUAUCAGUGCUGUGCUCGACUGUUAAGAGAUAUUACCAAGUGCCGGAGAUUGUGAGAAUUUUUCUCGUUAUUUGACACACAUAUGACGUGAAUAACGGUGCGAUCCGCGGCUGAUCGACUCGCUAAAAAUCAAAGUGUCAGUGUAUCUUGUGUACCGGAAUUUUAACGGACUUGCCUAAGCAGAGAUUGUGACGCGACUUUUGAUAGAGCAUCGCUAAUAUUCAGAGCGAUGCCGCGGUGGAAGGGUAUACUGAGGUAGCCGGCAGAUGGCAGCAGUCAGCGCGGCGAUGUACCGGCCUGGGGUCACCAUAGACCCCUCAUGCUACGCCACGCAGCAGAUAUAUGAUACAACAGAAAAUACACGGCCAAAGAAAUGGUCAUCGAAAUUGAAAUUAAAUACAUCAGGCAGUACAAAAUCUUCAGAAAAAUCACCAGAGAGCCCUUACAUGUACGGAACCAUAGGACCUGGUGGAUCAUCCCUAUCAAAAUCAAUGAAGUAUGCUGAGACCUGGCUGUAUGGGUCCGUCAGGACCCAAACCCCACCUAUUAGACCAAGUGUCUUCUCUGCUUACCCUGAAGUAUCUGGUCCUGUUUUAAUAAGUACUCCUCAAAAACCUCAACCCCACAAUUAUGCGGUUAUUCUGUGUUCCUGUCCCGAAUAUUUAAAUGGGACUAAAAAAACCAGCUCUACCAAAGUAAGUAUUUGUAAGAAAUGUAAAGGAUCUCGAUUGCCAUUAACAAUAGCUGAAAGCCCACGGCUAUUGGUUGGAGGUACUGUUAGAGGCCCACAAGUAAGUCGUGAUAACGGACUAUUAAGAGCUGGAACCGUAAGAGUACAAGGGUCAAAGUCCAGACCCACUAUAUUAAAGAAUAAUGGCGAAGCAGACCCAUAUGAUUUGAUGAGAAGGAGUAGGUUGGCACCACCACACGAGACAAGGAUUGGUAGUCAGUUCUCUACUACUCGAUCGCGAGCUAAAAGUAUUAGUCCUUGUAGAGUGAAAAACAAAAAACCAAGUCCAGAAACUCUUCGUAAAAGUAGAAGCAAAUCUGUGAGUCGUGUAAAUGAUUUAUGGAUAGAAGAAGAGAUAGAAACUAUUGAACAGAAAAAGUCUAUAUUAUCUUGUGACAUAAACCCUUAUGAUCUUGUUAAAUCAAAAAGAAGUUCAAAAUCAUUAGUGGAAAUUGAAUUUGACGAUGAUUAUAGUGAUUUAUUUAAUGAAUCAUUAAAAAACAGAUCUUUAAUCAAAUCUAAAUCUGACACAAAUGUGAAAGCAAUUGGUGGUCAAAGAAUACGGGUUUCUGAUGAAUCUAGGUCAUGUACUGUUGAAGAAGUGACAGUUUAUGAUCCUAUUAACUAUGAUCUCAAAAAAAUGGAAAAUAAACCAUCGGAAUCAUCGACGUCUAUGUCUCUACCAAACAUAAAAAAUGAAAAUAAAAAAUCUAUCUCGUUAAGUAAAACUACAGGUAAGAAGUUAUCAAAUAUAUCCAGUUACAACCGUUCAAAACAAAAAAGCGUGUCUCCCAAACGUCCUCCACGCAGAGCGAGAAAUAUUAAAACCGACGAUGAUAGUGAAAGUGAUAACCAGCGGUUUCCAGAUAGAAAUUUCUCUAGAAAACCAAUGAGCGAUUCUUUACGAAACUCCAAAUACAAGAUUCAAAGUAAUGAUACAAUUAAGUCCAUAUUAAAAAAACCCAGAAAUUACGAUCGUCAUGACAACAGUAACAGAGUUGCUAUUUCAGAUGAUUCAUUUGAAACUAAAAAAAAUAAUUCGUCCCAAUUUUAUCUACCUAAACCAAAAGAAAAAGGAUUUCAUUCACAAAAUGUACUUCAACGAAAAAGAGUUCAGUUUUUAGUAGAAAGCGAUGAAACUAAAGUUAUUUAUACUGCAGAGCUUAACCUUGAACAAAAUUUCGUGACUGAAAAAUCUACAGAAGUUAUUGUUGAACCAGAAGAAGAUAUUGUAGCUGAGGGAGAUGUAGUCAGUCAUAGUUUAAAUGAAAGCACCGAGUCAGAAAUUUCACAAUUAAUUAAUCAGGAAAUUCUUAAAGAAACUAGUAUUUAUGAAGGUGGACACACAAAUUACACAUCUGAAAGGUUAAUAGAAGAAGAAAAUAACCAAAUUCACAUUCCAUCUACCGAGCACGAUGUAUUUGAAGAUUCAAAUUCUGUGGCUAAAAUAGAAGAUAAUGACAUUCCUAGAAUACCAGUGCUACGACGGUCUGAAUCGGAACGACUAACACCUAGCGUGACAGUAUCUCCUCCUAAGUUUAUGGAUACUAUGGCAUUGCGACCAAAAAGUAAACAUGGCCAUACCAGCCAAGUAUUUUUAUCACCUGUUAGUGAAAUAGAUACAAAUACAGUUCACAGUACUCCUAUUACUGUACCGUCUCAAAAAAUUUCUAAAGAUCAAGAUAUUUACAUAAACGAUAGUAAUGAAAAUGGUAACUUAAGUGAUAGUAGUGACAUAACAAAAAACAUUUUAAAGAAUUUGCGUCGUGGAAUAUCUGAAUCACCUGAACCUCCACCAAGACUCAAGUCAAAAGAUCGAUUGAAGUCUAAAAAACAUACCUAUGUAAAGACUCGUUUUGUAAGAAAUAACUCUACAAGCUCUACGAGUGAUGAGUGGUCCGAUGCUAAUGACUAUGAGCAAAAGACUAUUCUUCGAGUGAAACAGUUCGAUUCUGAUGAAGCCGAAGAAGUAAAAGAUACCAGCCAUCUGAAUCCAAUUGAAAGUGAACCAAGAAAAACUUCAAUUCAAAUCAACGGCAACGAAUGUUACUCGACAAUGAAUGUUAAUAGUGAUACUCCUAUUUAUUUGUCAUCCGUUGUCGUCAAUGAUGAUUUUGGGAACACAUGCAGGUCAUAUCAAACUGGCACUACAGUAACAAUUAGCGUUGGAACGCCACAGAAAGAAAUAAAAAAAUCUAAAAGUCAGAUUUAUAUCGGAGCAGUAUUGUCUGAAUCAAAGGAAAUUUCUGACGAAGCAAACACAUAUGAGGAGUAUUUCAAUGAAAAUAACGAUAAAUUAUCAAAUAAUUCCAGUACAUCGCAUGAUUUGUCAUCUAUAUUGUGUAAUCCAGUUGAAGCUGUAAAAAGGAAUUUAAUUCCUCAUGUAUGUGGCAAAAAAGAUGACAUUUAUUCGAAACAACCCGAGGAUGGUAAUUUUGUCACAAAACUUUUUGAUGAUCCAUUUUUUGGUCAUUUGGCGGAAGGACUUGACUCUGAUUUGGUGAAAAAAUUGAUUGAAAACUCUUUGAUAAAGCUUCAGGAAACAAAAAAUCAAGAAGGUUCAGAUAAGAUGAAGAUUGAAAAACUUAUAGAAAGUUCUUUGAAAAAUUUAAAACAAGAAAAAAUAGAUUCUAAUGGCAGUACUUUAGAAAAUGAUGCUACAAAGAAUGAUACGUACCCUGAAACUGAUGAAUGUAAAAAAGAAGAAAUAAUUGACAGGACUACCGGUAUUGAUAAUGAUGAAAAUAGCUGCUCUGCUCCCUAUGAAAGUAUGGAGUAUGAGAGCGGGGUUGUGGGCACUUUUUCUGAUCUCGAACCCAUGUCUGAUUGUUACAACGCAUCGGCAAGUGAACUAUCAACUGAAGACGAUACUAAUUCAACAAGAUCGAAGUUUUAUCAAAUGCUAGUGGAUGCUGCGCUAUGUGAAAUAGAAAUAGGUAAUAAUACCGAUGACGAUCAUCAUUAUGAGUCAAUUCGCUUAAACAGUGAUCCAAUAUAUGAGGAAAUUGGUGAUAUACCACCACCGUUGCCAGUAAAUCCACCACCUAAUUCUUUAAUGCUUAUUGAUGAUGAGAAACGUAGUGGUUCUAGAUCAAUUUUUGAAGGAGCAUCCAAGUACGAUAUUUUGUCAUAUUUAGUAGAUGCUAAAGAACGAGGAAUCGAUGACGAAGAGACAUAUAUAACAAGUUAUGCUAGCGGCAAUGAUACUUCGAAUAUGUUAGAAGAAACAAAAAAUAAACACAAUAAUUCAAGCAUUAACAAUACGCACUUAAGUAGUAAUACAAGUCAUUUGUCAAAUGCUUCAGAUUCAAGUGAAGAUAAUUCAUUAAUCAUAAAUCACGAGAGCUUGGAAAAAUCCGUAGUAUGUAAGAAAACUUCAGCUGAAAUUGAAAGAAAUGAUUCUGGUGUUGGUUCUGAAACUAGCAAAUCUUCAAGAAGUCGAUUACAAGGAAAAUCUUCUCCAUGUGGUACAAUUACGGAUACACCCAUACAUCUUUGCGAAGAUUGCGAUUCAGCAGUGGAAACUCAAGUUACAGAACAAGGGUCUAUAUAUGCACCGUUAGUUUGUCGCAAAUGUGCAAAGAAAAGAGCUGAAAGAAAAGAAAUUUUGACAGAAAUUGUAGAAACAGAAGAAAAAUAUGGGAGAGAUUUGCAAAUCAUACUAGAAGAAUUUUACAAACCUAUGUUAGUUGCAGGACUUUUAACGCAAGAACAAUUGAGUGCUAUUUUCCUGAACGUAGAAGAACUCAUUGACAAUAAUCAAGUGCUAUCUGAAAAAUUACGUGAUGCUUUGGAAAUUGCUCUAGAUCAAGGGGAUGAGGCAAUUAAUGUUGGGAAAAUUCUUAUUGAAUGUUCGGGUAUGUUAACAGCGUUUCAAUCAUACUGUGUAAAACAAGCAGGCGCUGCCUUACUGUUAGCUGGACUCGAGAAGGAGAAGGAACUUCUGAGGAUAUUCUUACGCGUCUCGCAGAUGGAAAACACGGUUUUGAGGCGUAUGAAUUUAAACUCAUUUCUUAUGGUGCCAGUACAACGCGUGACAAAAUAUCCCCUCCUUCUCUCGCGGUUGCAUCGUGCUACUGCCGCGUGCGCAACUGAACGCGAGGACGUACGCGCGGCUCAGCGAUGCGUUGAGUCCAGAUUGGAGGAGAUCAAUGCUGCAGCUGCUGCUGCUGCGGCAGCGGCACGAGACGUGCCUCUGUGGCGAAGACUGGCGGCCGCACGACGCACUGCGCAUGAUCUCCACGUCGCUGACAUCAGACUGAGGAAGAUGGCAGUUGACGUACUUGAUUGGAAUCACGAUGAUGCCAGGUUUGCAAUGGAAGGCAAACUGUUGUUCACUCAGCCAAACGACAACAACUGGCGGAAGGGACGCACCAUCAAACUGACUCCAAUCAACGCCCUUUUGGUGACCAACGGAAAGCCAACGACUAUUCACAAAACGAACGAGAUCCGUGAAACCAGAGAGGCGAGAGAUCGUGAAGCGCGAGAAAGAGAAGGAGAGGCACUAUUCGCUCGUAGCGGAGUGAGGGAGGCCGCUCUCCUACUCGUGCGAGAGAAGGCCGGGAGAUACACCCUACAGAGAGAGCCACUGUUUUUGGACAGAUGUGUCGUGGCGGCCGAUCAUGAGCCCGAGCACUUCUUCGAGGUUCACGAGAUCACUACUAAGGAUUCUUAUAUAUUUAAGGCGGAAGAGAACGCACGUACUAGAACCUGGUACAGACAGUUACAAUAUCACGCGCAAGGCGCAGGCGCAUGGCGUAAACGACGCAACGCACUCGCAAAUAUAAUGAUAAACCCUAUGCUCACAAGAAACUGAAUUUAUUAUCAAAUUGUUAUUUAUCAUGAAUACUGUAAAAAGGGUUCGGUAUAUGGUCUGAAAUAGUAGUUUUUAAAAUAAUGCCUCUUAAUAAUAACGCUUGUAAGAUGUGACUGAGAGAAAA